UGCGUGCUGACCUGCUGUAUCGACACACUGUUUUGUACUCGUAAACACGUGUGGCUGUCAUUGACCUUUUCUUGGUCUAUAGCUACUGUAUCAAAUGGUUGUCAGUCGCUGGCUCCGACUUUGCUCUUUUUGUAGUCAUGUAGUUUUACACGGCCGCGAGGGAACAGCCGGGCGGAGGUCGCUGUUAGGAAACAGGAUUCUGAAAAACCCGAAGGGUACGCGAAUGCGUCCCGGCGGCGCUGCUGUGGUUCCGAUACGUCUCGCUCACGGGGACUUGGGGGAUUUGUACGAGUCCGAGUCCGUGCAGAGGUAUCUCCAGAAGCUAAUAGAAGAGUUCCGAGACAUUAGCGCGAAGUUACAGCACGCGCACCUCAGCGAGGCAGACAGGAAGUUAAUGAUAAAGAAGCACAGUGAGUUGACACCUCUGGCUGAUGUGUUUAGGGGUAUAGAACAGGCUGGGAAAGACCUGGAAGAAGUCCUCUCCCUUUUACACAAUCCAGCUGACCCCAAGGAUGAAGACGAACAUCUGGUCCAGCUGCUACGAGAGGAAGAGGCCAGCAUCUCCUGCAAAAUCGCCGCCUUGAGAAAAGAUCUGGUCAAAGCUCUCCUCCCCGCUGACCCUCUGGAUUCCAGCGAUGUGGUGCUGGAGGUUGUGUCGGGUCGAACAACAGGAGGUGACAUCUGUCAGCAGUUCACCAGAGAGAUGUUCGACAUGUACCGGGGCUUCGCCGGUCACAAGAACUGGGACUUUGAGGUUUUGAACUACACACCCGCCGACUACGGUGGAUUACACCAUGCAGCUGUGAGGGUAGCCGGGGAGAACGUGUACAGGCACCUGAAGCUGGAGGGAGGCACGCACCGGGUCCAAAGGAUCCCCGAGGUGGGCCUUUCUUCCAGGAUGCAGCGUAUCCACACGGGAACCAUGACGGUCAUCAUCCUGCCUCAGCCUGUGGAGUUGGAUGUCUACAUCGACCCAAAGGAUCUUCGAAUAGACACGUUCAGGUCCAGAGGGGCCGGGGGUCAAAGCGUUAACACAACGGACAGCGCUGUGCGAAUAGUCCAUCUUCCAACAGGUAUAACGGCUGAGUGCCAGCAGACUCGCUCUCAGCUCCAAAACAGAGACACCGCCAUGCGCAUGCUGAGGGCCAGAAUCUACCGGAGCGCCAUCACCAAAGAGGACGAGCAGAGGCACACGGCACGGAAGCAACAGGUGGGCACACGGGCUCAGUCAGAAAGAAUUCGCACCUACAAUUUCAGCCAAGAUCGCGUCACCGACCACCGCACGGGAUACGUCACCAGGGACAUUAAGGAGUUCAUGCGAGGAGGAGAGGCCCUGGACGAUCUGAUCUCGGACGUGCGGGAACAGGUGGAGCGGGAAGCUCUGCUGGAGUUGGUGGACAGCCAGAGGUGACCAAAGGAGGGACGUUCCGCUGACCGCCACCCCAUCACAACACAUUAACGGGCACAUGCGAUCACCCCCGGCAGCCUCAGGGCUGUAGACAACCACUAGAAUUUCAUAAAACGGUUACAAAUUCUCCAGGAGAAGACAGAAGGACUGCUUAGCUUUAACUUCUUUACUAUAGUUACACAAUACGGUUAACAACAGAUGGUUUAAUCCUGGACAAUUCAACCACAAGGAGACUCAAAUUUGGACUGAACACUCCAAACAAUUCUCGAUAAAGAUUUCUACAACUAUCUUCAUCUCUGCUACACAUCAGUUGUCCAUGUUUUUGGGCUGAUUUAUAAUUUAUUUUGUCGUCUAUUUAUUAAACGGUAUAUAUUUGACGAGUAUACACAAUAGUAUUUAUACUAUAGGGAUGAAUAAAGCAUUGUUGGAUGAUAGUGAUUAUGAA